AAACUCAUGAUCACUUUUGUCGCAAAUUGUCAUCGUGAGCAAAUGUGUUGUCAUUACAAUAUCCAAAACUGAUUCAAGUGAAUUCAUGUAAAUAAUUAACCACAACAUAAUGCUUAAGCACAUCAAUCAGUGUCUUCGUGAUUGCUUUAAAGUUAAUCUUCUCGUCACCUUACUUUGGACAGGGGCGAUUCUCUUUACUUUCACUCAGAAUGUUGAUGCUACAAGCAAUUUAGUAAAACGAAGUCUUAAAGAAACAACAGUUCAAUGUUUAGACGAUGGAAGAUUUUAUAGAAAUCCCGAGAGAGACUUGAAGAAGAUGUGGUCAAAUUACGAAUGUUCAAAAUAUUAUCUUUGUCUUGAUGGUGAAGUGUUUGAAUUUAAAUGCAGUGUUGGGCUGUUGUUCGAUGUGACACGACAAAUCUGUGACUUCAAAGCAAAUGUUGAUAAUUGUGAUUUAACAGCAGAAACGAAAGUUCCAAAACCUUUGCUACACAAUGCGACAUGUGCAAAUGCUGCUCAACUUGGAUGUGCAGAUGGAGUUUGUCUUCCACAUGAAUACUUCUGUGAUGGAUCGAUUGAUUGUGCAGAUGGAAGUGAUGAAGGGUAUUGCGAUCCUAACAACGAUCCCAAUGCUGCUGAAGGUUGUGAUAAAUCACUUUGCCAGUUGCCUGAAUGCUUCUGCUCUAAAGAUGCAACCAUCAUUCCUGGUGGGUUGAAUCCGAUCGAUACACCACAAAUGAUCAUCAUCACGUUUGACGAUGCUGUAAAUGCUGAAAAUUGGCAACUUUACAAUGAUAAAUUAUUCACUUCUGAACGAAAAAAUCCAAAUGGUUGUCCAAUCAAGGGCACUUUCUUUGUCUCCCAUCAAUACACCGACUACCAGAAAGUUCAACAGCUGUGGCAAGAUGGACAUGAGAUUGCAAUUCACAGCAUCACUCAUAGAGGUCCUGAAGAUUGGUGGAAGAUAAAUGCAACGAUUGAAGAUUAUUUUGACGAGUUUGUUGGACAAGCCAACAUCAUUAAUAAGUUUGCGAACGUUCGAAUGGAUGAAAUUGAAGGUCUACGCACACCGUUUUUGAAAGUUGGUUGGAAUCGUCAAUUUCUAAUGAUGAAAGAAUUUGGUUUCGCUUAUGAUUCAUCAAUUGUUGCGCCCGCAUUUUUGAAUCCACCUUUGUGGCCUUACACUUUGGAUUACAAAAUACCUCAUGAAUGUGUUGGGAACAAUCAUUGUCCAUCAAGAAGCUAUCCGGGACUAUGGGAAAUGGUUUUAAAUCAAAUGGAAGCAGAUGAGGUCACAUGCGUUUAUCUUGAUCAAUGUCCAUCUAAUUUUAAUGGUGAUGACAUUUUUCAUAUGUUCAUGCACAACUUCAAACGCCAUUAUAAUACAAAUCGAGCUCCACUUGGUCUUUAUUUUCAUGCUACAUGGUUUAAGCGACAAGAAUAUUUGGAAGCAUUCUUAAAAUUUUCAGAUUAUCUACUUAAAUUAAACGAUGUUUAUUUCGUUACAAAUCACCAAGCAAUUGCGUGGAUGCAGCAACCAACAAUUAGUAGUCAGCUUUUGAACUUCCAGCCAUGGGGAUGCAAGCCUAGGCAAUUUGAAAUGCAUGAAGUGACUUGCACUUAUCCAAAUAGUUGCAAACUUCAUUCACGUGUCUUGCAGCAAGAUCGUUAUUUAAAAACAUGCAACGAAUGUCCGACAGAAUAUCCAUGGAUAAGAAAUGAAUUCGGACUAAGCCGAUAA